AUGAAACCAAAACAUGGAGAAUUCGAUGAAGACGAGGAUACCUCCUUCUGCAGUGUGGACGAUUUUAUUGAUGCUGAGGUGAGUGUUAUCCUGAAGGAACUUAUCAAGCACAAAAACUUCAUAAUUAAAUCACAACAGCAAAGAAUAAACAGUUUGCUCGCUCAAAUAUCGUCAUUGUCUCAGUUACCUUCCACGACAUCUAUAAAUGAAGCUAAAGAGUUGCCCAGUAAGUACCGUAGAGAGCUGGUACCACAAUCUUAUAGUCAAGCGACACUUCAUCAGAAAGGGAAGAAAUCUGCAGAUAAACCAAGCAAAGUCUGCACAAUCGUCAGGUGGUUCUACUUGCACUACGAGUAG